GGGGUGCGCGGGGCACAGGGCGCGCGCGGCGGCCGCUGCGGCCUGUUGGCGCGGUCGCCGGCAGCCUCGAGCGAGUCGAGCUAGGCACCGUGGCGGCUGUGGCUGGCGGGGAGCGCGUGGCCGGAUCAAUUCCCGAGUGGCCCGCGACCAUGUCCCUGGGGCAGCGGCUGGCUCUGCUGGCCAUCCGUCUGCAGGAGCCGCAGCGGGUGGCGAGCUUCCAGCGUCUGUGUGGGGUGGAGGUGCCGCUCGGCAGCCCGGCAGCGGGAGAGGAUGCAGAAACCGAGGUUCGCGGAGCCCCGGGAGACCCCCGGCGACGGGCACGGCAGCCGGACUCUGAGGACAGCCCGGACCCCGCCAAGCCCGACUGUUGCGGUGCCCCGAACGGCGUGCGCAACGGGCUAGCGGCCGAGCCGGGCCCGACCGGGCCCCGUCGCGCGGGCUCGCUGCGCCGCAACUCGUUGACUGGCGAGGAGGGCGAGCUGGUCAAAGUGAGCAACUUGCCGCUCUACUACCUGUUCUGCUUCGGCACCGAACUGGGCAACGAGCUCUUCUACAUCCUCUUCUUCCCCUUCUGGAUCUGGAAUCUCGACCCCUUUGUCGGCCGGAGGCUGGUGAUCAUCUGGGUGCUUGUCAUGUACCUGGGCCAGUGCACCAAGGACAUCAUCCGCUGGCCGCGGCCGGCCUCGCCGCCCGUUAUCAAGCUGGAGGUCUUCUACAACUCGGAAUACAGCAUGCCUUCCACGCAUGCCAUGUCCGGCACCGCCAUCCCCAUCGCCAUGAUCCUCCUCACCUAUGGCCGCUGGCAGUAUCCUCUUAUAUACGGGCUGAUUCUUAUCCCCUGCUGGAGUUCUCUAGUUUGCCUAAGUAGAGUCUACAUGGGAAUGCAUUCCAUCCUGGAUGUCAUUGCUGGAUUUUUGUAUACCAUUUUAAUCUUAAUUAUCUUCUACCCAUUGGUGGACCUGAUUGACAACUUCAACCAAACCUACAAAUAUGCCCCACUCGUCAUCAUCGGGCUGCACUUAAUUCUGGGCAUCUUCUCUUUCACCCUUGACACCUGGAGUACAUCCCGAGGAGACACGGCUGAGAUUCUGGGAAGUGGUGCUGGGAUUGCAUGUGGCUCACACACUGCUUAUAACCUGGGUCUAUCCUUAGACCCUUCUCUGCACACAUUACCCUUAGCUAUCCCUCCUCUUACUGUAACUCUGUUUGGAAAAGCCAUAUUACGGGUCGUCCUAGGAAUGAUGCUUGUACUGUUAGUAAGAGAUAUCAUGAAGAAGAUCACCAUUCCUCUAGCCUGUAAACUCUUCAGUAUUCCUUGUCAUGACAUUCGCCAGGCGAGGCAGCACAUGGAAGUGGAGCUGCCCUACCGGUAUAUUACCUAUGGGAUGGUUGGUUUCUCCAUCACGUUUUUGAUCCCCUAUGUAUUUUCCUUUAUCGGUAUCUCUUGAUGGAGAGACACUGUUGAUUAUAAGAAAGGAAGCUACCAGCUAUAUCUAAAGCUAUUCUCUAGGUAAAAACUUGAGUCAGAGUAAGAAUUUAACUUAAAGAAGUAAAUUCUGCAGCCAGUGCGUUCUGUCACUGCAUAUCAGAUGUUGUUUUUGGUGGGCCGAGCUUUCUCAGUACUGAGAAAUGGCGUGCCCGUUUAGAAUGUUCACAAAAUGUUUGGAGAGUUCUUUGCUAUUACAAAUUGUAGUUAUAUAUAAUAUAUAUUAAGGUACAUGGUGUACAAAUGUGUAUCUAGUAUAUAUUAUGUAUACAAUUAUUUACCUAAGAACAGCGGGGUGUAUUGAAAAAUCAAGGACAAUAUGCAGUUGUGCCCAGGUUUUUUGGAAUUAAUGCAGGCAUGUUGUUAUUAACAGAUAAGCUUAAUGUUUCUUUCCUAAGGGAGCCAUUUCCUAGUUGAAUUGAUAAUUACCAGACAGAAAUCCAUAUACUACCACACACUGAUUUACUGCCUCUUCCUACACUGCCGGCUCCCUUCAUGUUAUCCAUGAUGGUGAACAUGAGAGGCAUUUUUAAUGGACCAAGUUUUUGGAGAAAUUUGUUUUUUGGGAUUCCUUCCUUCCUUCCUUCCUUCCUUCCUUCCUUCCUUCCUUUCUUCCUUCCUUCCUUCCUUCCUUUGUUUCUUUAAGUUCUAUACACUGUGUUGAAUGUACUUUUUUUUUUUCUCACCGUUUUGGUCACCAGUUUAAUAAUACAGGUACUGAAUUUUAUUGCUUGCUAACUGUGCCUUUCUUUUCCUGAAUUAAGAGACGCCAUGUAUACUGUGAUGUAAAAGUGACACUCAAAUUCCAUCUUAAGCCACAUCAUCAGGCAAAUAUUUUUAAAAUAUAUAUCAAACUAACAGAGUUAGAAGUAAAAUGGCCCAUAACUCUUCAGUCUUUUUUUUUUUUUUUAAAGAAAGAAAUGUGGAAUCCCUGAGUUUUCUCACUAAUUUAUUGGAAAGCUAAAUGGAUAAGUAUUUCCAUUUUUGUAAGUAUUUUUCUAUGUGUUGCAAGUUAUAGGAACAGUAUCUAUCUAUGUACAUUGUCUUGACUGUAUAUAAUACGAGUAAAUAUUUCCAGGGAGUGGAAAUGUAACUGAAAUUUAUAGAUGAAACAAUGUACACCCUUACUACCUACACAAGCCAUUUUUCUAAAUUAUUUGAAAAGGAUUGGGUUUCCCACCAUUAACUUUUAAUAUCCCACUCUUUAGCAACCUAAGAUAGAUUAUAAAAUCCAAACGUGAAGUAUUGGUAGCUUAGAUUUUAUUAUUUUCCCAACUAAUUAUUUUUACAGUGGAAAAUUUGAGUGUAGUAUUAAACUAUUUUUUCCUGUCUGUGCCUUUAUAUUUUAAAGUGUGAUUGCAAUUAGGUCAACAUUGCAUUUAUUUGUGGUGAGCUUUUUGUAAAGAAGAGAAUUAAUUUUCCAUAUGAAUGAACACAUCAGGGGUGGAGGUAACGAUUUUAGUGCAAUAAUCUCUGAUUGUUUAGAAGGAAAACAUUUCUAUUUUGGACAACGUGAGUUAUUUGAACUCAUACUUUUUAUAAUUCUGAUCGAAAGCUUAGGGGCCUGGCAGUUUUUACCCAAACAGAAUCUGAUUAACUUUAAACAAGUAAAUUUGGACCCUUAGGCCACUAGGAGAAGAAGGUGGGUGCUUCGAGAAGAAUCGGUACACAGGGGGCUCCAAGGCUGCAGGAAGGGGCUUCCUCUCAACAGAUGUGCUCCUUGAAUUGAGCUACAGCAAGAGUUCCCUACCUUGGCUCUGUUAUCCUAUUAAUUUUUGUGUGUCGCUUAAAAAGAAUUAGAAAAUAUUCUAUUUCUUUGUGUUUAUGUUUUUGUUUGAUGACAGUUCUAUGCUAAAUGUAUUUUAAAAUAAAAGCCAAGAUCAAUACCAAAAGGA